UACUGUGCACAUAUUGCAUAUGCUAUAAUAGCUAGCCAUUGCUGAAAGAACAACGUGCACAUUGGGGGCCGCCUUCAAACACCGGAACACAGAGCGCACGGUUAUAGCAUCAUUGCCCGCUUAUUUGUGUGGAGUCCAUUGCCUGCAGCCUAGCCUACUAUUCGACCUGCAAUUCCAAGAUGCCUUCCUACAAGGUGAUUUACUUCAACGGCCGUGGGUACGCCGAGACCACGCGCAUGAUGCUGGCUCAUGUCGGCCAGGAGUUUGAAGAUGUACGGUACACUCGCGAGGAAUGGCUUGAGCACAAACCGAAUGUGCCUUUGCAGCAGCUGCCUAACCUGGAAGUCGACGGGAAGAUCAUUCUCCAGAGCCGGGCCAUGCAUGGCUUUGUGGCCAGAGAGUUCGGCUUGAAUGGUGCGAACAACGAGGAAACAACUAAGAUCGACGUGAUCUUGGCAACGCUUGAAGAUCUUAGAACGCCACACAGCAGGAUUCGGCAUAGUGAGGAGGGCGAAGAGAAGAAGAAAGAAAAGAUGGCUGAAUAUUAUGCGCAGACUGCUCCCAAGUUUUUAACGGGGCUUGAGAAGAUGCUGGCAGCCAACAAUGGUGGUGACGGAUUCUUCGUCGGCUCAAAGAUUUCUCGUGCCGACAUCUUCUUUUACGUCGUCAUGGAUUACCUGGCCGAGGAUGAAGUCAAGAAGUACCCUAAGCUUGUUGCUCUCAGGGAGCGCGUCGCCAAGGACGCCAAUAUCGCUGCUUGGCUGGCCAAACGCCCGCAGACGCCGUGGUAGAAAAGAUGCUCCAGAGUACAGCAAGCUUGAAAGAUUUGACAACUGAUAAUUAUAGAUCGAUAGAUACAUUUGUAAAAAUCACCACAUUACACAAUUGUCAUGUUUGUUUGGUCCACUUGAUAUUAUAGACACUGCC